AUGGCCAAUACGACAACAGUACAAACCCAAUCCCGCAGCCGGCUCGUGGGGCAGCCCUUGCUCUAUGCAAUUUCUGUAUUUGCCAGUCUCGGCGUUUUCCUCUUUGGAUAUGAUCAAGGUGUCAUGAGUGGCGUAAUCACCGGCCCUCACUUCCGCAAGUUCUUCAACAAUCCUGAUGCUCUUCAGAUCGGCACAAUGGUGGCCGUCCUUGAAGUCGGCGCUUUCAUCACCUCUGUCGCCGCCGGAAAGAUUGGUGACAUCAUGGGUCGAAAAGGAACUCUCUUCGUCGGCGCGGUCGUCUUCACUGUUGGAGGUGCUGUCCAGACAUUUACUACAGGCUUCUGGGUUAUGAUUGUCGGCCGCGUUGUUAGUGGCUUUGGAGUUGGCCUUCUUUCCACCAUCGUACCUAUAUACCAGAGCGAAAUCUCCCCUCCGGAUCAUAGAGGUGCCCUGGCAUGCAUGGAGUUCACUGGAAACAUCAUUGGUUACUCGUCUUCAGUUUGGGUCGACUACUUUUGCUCGUACAUCGAUUCCGAUCUUUCCUGGCGCGUACCCUUGUUUAUGCAAUGUGUAAUAGGGGGCAUUCUUGCGGCUGGGUGCCUUGUAAUGCCUGAAAGCCCAAGGUGGCUUAUUGAUACCGACCAGGACGACGAGGGUAUGAGAGUCAUCGCCGAUCUCCACGGUGGAAAUCGACAGAAUCGUGCUGCUCUUGCCGAGUUCCAAGAAAUUAAGGACAAGGUUAUGGAGGAGCGUGCUUCCGGAGAAGCCAGGUCAUAUGUGGUUAUGUGGCGUAGAUACAAAAGACGUGUUCUACUAGCUAUGUCUUCUCAAGCUUUUGCUCAGCUUAACGGUAUCAACGUGAUAUCUUACUAUGCUCCACGGGUAUUCGAAGAAGCCGGUUGGAUCGGUCGAGAUGCUAUCCUUAUGACUGGUAUCAACUCUAUCGUCUACGUUCUUAGUACUCUGCCUCCGUGGUACUUGGUAGAUCGAUGGGGUCGACGUGCGAUCCUCUUAUCCGGGGCCGUUGUUAUGGCUAUGGCUUUAGGAGCUACUGGAUGGUGGAUGUAUAUCGACGUUCCACAGACCGCCAACGCAGUUGUAGUCUGCGUGAUAAUCUACAAUGCAGCCUUCGGAUAUAGUUGGGGUCCUCUACCAUGGUUGUACCCCCCCGAGGUCAUCAUGCCUCUGACUAUUCGUGCGAAAGGUGUCUCGCUGUCGACUAGUACUAAUUGGGCUUUCAAUUUCUUGGUUGGCGAAACUACUCCGUUCCUUCAAGAAUAUAUAGAAUGGCGAUUGUACCCCAUGCAUGGGUUCUACUGUGUCUGCAGUUUCAUUUUGGCGUAUAUGCAGUUUACUUCCGUGCGUAUACAACAGGACUAUGUUGUGGAAGAGAAUCCAGAUCUUUUGUUUGCAGUUUACCCAGAAACCAAGGGUGUACCUCUCGAAGAGAUGGAUGCUGUGUUUGGAGAAGAUGAAUUAGAAGAACGAAUGGAUAACGAGGAAGAUGAGGAUGAUUCUUACGACGAAACCACAUCUCUCCUGGUAAACGGACUCCCCACCGACAAUCGAACGAUCAACCAAUCAGGACCGCGCCGCCGCCGUUCCAGUGCUGGCUGGAUCAGCAGAAUGUUCAAGCGUCGCAAUGAGGGAAUUUCCCCCACAGCAACGACAUAG